AUUUAAUGUCGCCCAGAAGUCCGCCGACAGAGUACUCGCCGCUGCUCGAAAACGGCGACGGUGCGCAACAGCCCCAGUCGUACACCCACCGCGUUCUCAACGUCAUCAAGGCCGAAGGAGAACCUUCCUGGGCACAUUCAUAUCGUCACUUUAUUUUUGGCUCCUGGUUCAACCUCUUCCUUGUCUUCGUCCCACUCUCCUUCAUCUCCCAUAACCUCGGUUGGGAUGCCGGCCUUCGUUUCUUGUUUAGUUUUCUCGCCAUUAUGCCGCUCGCCAAGCUCCUUGGAGAUGCCACGGACCAGCUCUCGGUCAAGCUUGGCGGCACCCUUUCCGGUCUGCUGAACGCGUCGUUUGGAAACGCGGUCGAGAUCAUUGUGGGGAUUGCAGCUCUCCUCGAUGAUCAAAUUCGCAUUGUGCAGACUUCUAUGCUGGGGUCAAUCUUAUCAAACCUUCUACUUGUCUUGGGAUGCUCAUUCCUGGCUGGCGGCCUUAAGCACCAUGAAGGAAACUUCCAGGUCCAGGGCGCCCAAGCUUCAGCAUCGUUGAUGACUCUUGCCUGCAUCACCUUGGUCAUCCCUGCCGCGUAUAACAGCCUGUCCACCAACGGACAUGCUGUCAGCCAUUGCGACAUCCCCAACAGUAUGGGUGGCUGCCCUUCGUCCGGCCUGCUGGCCAUCUCCCGCGGGACCGCAAUCCUGUUGUUUUUCGUUUAUGGCGCCUACUUGCUCUUCCAGCUCAAGACGCAUCGUGAGUUUUUCGAGGAUCAGGCUGAAGAGGAAACUGCUGCCGAGAUGAACACUUUCUCUGCUGGAACUGCGCUCCUACUUGUCACCGUCAUCACUGCGUUCUGCGCGGAGUAUCUGGUCGCAUCUAUUGAAGAGACCGCAGAGCGGUAUCACAUCCCUGAGGCGUUCAUCGGUCUCAUCCUGCUCCCAAUUGUUGGCAAUGCUGCUGAACACGUCACGUCCAUCUGGAUGGCGCUGAAGAACAAAUACGAGCUCACCAUCGGUAUCUGCGUCGGAAGUUCCAUUCAAAUCGCCACCUUUGUUGUGCCGCUCUUGGUUAUGGUAGGCUGGGCCUCGGGCCACGAGCUCACGCUCUUCUUUGCUAACUUUGAGACUGUCAUCCUCUUCGUCUCGGUUUUCCUCGUCACCAUCCUCAUUAUGGACGGCAGGUCGAACUACAUGGAAGGUCUCAUGCUCAUCACCCUCUACGUGGUCAUUGCCAUUGCCUUCUGGGUGACUGAAUAAUGCGAACUGCGGAAGAAGAACAUCACGCUGUUGAAAGCUGGAAGCUGGAAGACUGGGUCAAGAAGUCUGCGUAUUUAUAAACUAGUGUUGUCCCAGCCCUGCGUUCAUUCUGUGCUUCGUUAGUUAAUCUACAUGAAUUGCGUUAG